AUAACAUGGAGCAGUUGGGGGGAAACUUGCAAGCAGGCUGCAGCUUACUCACUUUGGAGAUUAACUCUGCCUCUCUGAUAAACCGCCACCAUGGUCGACGCCUUCUGUGCCACUUGGAAACUGGUCGACAGUGAGAAUUUUGAUGACUAUAUGAAAGCACUCGGCGUGGGCUUCGCCACCCGGCAGGUCGGUAACGUGACCAAGCCGACUGUCGUCAUCAGCCAGGAGGGCGACAAGGUGGCGAUCCGCACCCAGAGCACCUUCAAGAACACAGAGAUCUCCUUCAAGCUGGGAGAGGAGUUCGACGAAGCCACCGCCGACGACAGGAACUGCAAGUCCACGGUGACUCUGGAUGGAGACAAGCUGGUCCACGUCCAGAAGUGGGACGGCAAGGAGACCAAGUUCGUCAGAGAAAUCAAGGACGGCAAGUUGGUCAUGAAUUUGACCUUUGAAGACAUCCACGCAGUGCGCACCUACGAGAAGGCAUGAGUGCUCCGAGCGACCCGCCGGGAAACAAACCAGCCACGAAGAGUUGACGUUAUAAUUAUUAUUGACUGACUGAAUGCUUCUCUUUGCACUUCUCCAUCGGCCCCCCCCCCACACGUCUUCACGACCCACAGGCUGCACAUUUUGUACGAUUUGUUAUUGGGGGUUUUCUUUUUUAUAUGACUACAUUUCUGUCGUUGAUGGAUGGAUCAUCUCUGCAAAACCUGUGUGAAACAUGAAAUAAAUUUGAGAAAGCGAGUGAA